GCGCUCCAAGGGCAGCGCGGCCAUGGCGGCGGCGGUGCUGCGCGGCGGCCUGCGCGGGGCCCUGCUGGCGCAGCAGCAGCGUGCCUGGAGCUCGGGCUCGGGCGCCGACCAGCUCGGCGAGCUGGGCAAAGGCGCCGGGAAGGGCGGCGGCGGCGGCGGCGCCAUCCGCGAGGCCGGCGGCGCCUUCGGCAAGAAGCAGGCGGCCGAGGAGGAGCGAUACUUCAGGGAGAAGGAGAGGGAGCAGCUCGCUGCUUUAAGGAAACACCACGAGGAAGAGAUCGAUCAUCACAAGAAAGAGAUAGAGCGCCUGCAGAAAGAAAUUGAGCGCCAUAAGUAUAAAAUCAAGAAGCUUAAAGAUGAUGACUAAGCUGUUGCUGAAUGUUGCUUGCCGUGUACAGCCAAUCCUGAUCACAGUGUAAAACAGUGUUGAAGACUGUAUGCUUUGGCCAACAUAAUCCAGUUUUGUCCUGUUAUGCUAUGGCCUGCAAAAAUGUCAAAUAAACUACUUGAUCUUUC